AAAGGGAUGGGAGAGUCCAGCCUGCCAUAGAACUCCCCCCCCUCACCGUCGGGAGAUUGGUGCCAGUGUUUUCGAAGGUGAUUGGCUAAGAGGCUGUUGGAAGGAAAAAGAAGCCUUCCCCUUUAAGGAUUGUUGGAAGGCAGAGCUUUCCCUUCUUGAAUUCAAAACUCCCGGCUGGGAGAUAACUUCGAAAUGAUUGGAGGUCAGCUGCUUGAGAGCAGAAUUCGUUUAUUGUUUAUAGGAAGGCAGGCAAGAAACAAAUACAAGCACAGGUUUCCGAGGCUAGCCUGUUUGAACUUCCCUUCAGUUGGAAGAAUGCUCCGUGUCUUUGUCUACGGGACACUAAAGAAAGGCCAGCCAAACUACCCACACAUGAUAAAUGGGGCCCAUGGGACAUCCCAAUUCCAAGGCAGAGGACUUACAGUGGAGAAAUACCCACUGGUGAUUGCAGGCAAAUAUAAUAUCCCUUAUUUGCUGAAUAAUCCAGGAAAAGGGCACCGUGUUACCGGAGAAAUAUAUUUUGUUGAUGAUCAGAUGUUGCAAUUCCUUGAUGAAUUUGAAGGAUGUCCAAACAUGUAUCAGCGUACUCCAGUGAGAGUUGAGGUACUCGACUGGGAAAAUAAAAAUAGCACAUCUGAAGGAGCAUCAGCAAUUAAAGACAUCCUGGAAUGUUAUGUGUUUAGCACUACUACCUAUCAGCCAGAAUGGAUGCAUCUCCCUUACUAUGAUAACUACGAUUCUUUUGGGAAUCAUAAUCUUUCGUACGUCUUGCGAGAAAGCAGGGAAUAGAAGUGGAAAAUCAAACAAUAUUUUUAGCUAUGAACACCUACCCAGGUGCUGAAGAAAAUCUACUAUUUUAUGCUGAAAUGCAGACCUAAUUUAGCUCUUUAGAAUAUAAUUGAAUUAAUUUAUGUUAUUAAGUGAACAUCCAAGUGAAUAAGAUGAUGAAAGAAUGAUCCGAAUGCCAGAACUCAUGAGAUGAAGCAUUUGUCUUGCUAAGGUUAAACAGGGUAAUUUAAAUAUUUAAAUUAUGUUAGAAUGCUAUCAAAUAUUCAGAUAGUCCUAUCACUUCCCAAAUUGUGAAAUGAAUAAAUGGGGGGAGGACAUGAAUGGAAUAGGAGGCAAAAGUGAUACUGUUGUGCCUUAUUUUUUCAUUCCUUACAGCCCGUUUCUGGUUAAUGAAUAUUUCUACUCAGCUAUUGACUAUAGUAUAUCUAAAUUGCCUCCUAAUAUCUUCUUCAGUUAUUUAAAAACUGCAUCGCUUAUUUUUGGUUGAAAGUUCUGAACCAUCAGUAUUCUUGCAUUUUUAUCAUCAGUGCAUAAGCUUUUAUAUCAGUGAUUGCACCUAUUUCUUUUUUGCCAUUGACUUCUUGCAAUACUGUAUAUAAUUUUCAUACAUGCUGCUUUUCUUCAUAAUAUCAUAAUUUUACCCUCUGGAAUCAGCUGCCCCCAGAGAUAAGGAGAAUCCAAGACCUCGGUGCCUUCCGCUGGGCCCUUAAAACCUUCUUUUUCCAGCAAGCCGGGCUGGCCUAACACUUUUUAAAAUGUUUUUAAUUGUUUGUUAUUGUUUUUAAUCAUGGGGCCAAAUUUAUAUAUAUAUAUUUAAUUGUAUUUUAAUGUUUGUAGUUUAUGUUUUUACUUGGCUGUUCACCGCCCUGAGUCCUCAGGGAGAAGGGCGGUAUACAAAUUUAAAAAUAAAUAAAUAAAUAAAUAUGAAUUAAAAGUGUUAAUUGUAUAGUGGUGAAUUAAAAUUUGACAAAAUUCUUAUAUUACUACUGGUUUCAAAUAAGAUAACUUGUUCAAAAUUUGCAGAAAUCAUGGAUUUUGAUAUUUUUAAAAAUGACACUGUUCUAGAGUUAUAGGACCUGAAACAGGUAGUCUCUUCCAUUUGAAAUAAAUCUAGACUUUCUUAAAAUGUGGCAGUAUAUACUGAGAACGGAGGACAAUAGUACAGUGCUUCUUCAUCUGCUGUAAGGGAAGGAAAAGCAGAGCCUGGGAGCAGAGUCAAGAGAGGAAUUAACCUGGAGUCUACAUACCCAUAAGCAGUCCAAGUCCAGCCUCUCUUGAAUUCCCUUAAUUCUUAUCUACUGCCAAUUUAGUGCUGAUUGUUAGUUAAUUGACUAGACUCCUGUGUAUAUGCAUUAGCAAUAAAUCUGAUUAACAGCAA